AUGGGCGAACCAAAGGUUCCAGACGCCCCACACUAUCUUGUAGUUCUGGACGAUCUCGACGGUCUAGAAGAUCUUGACGGUCUCGAGGGUCUUGAAGUUCUUGACGGUCUGGGAGGUCUGGACGUUCUAGCCCGCUCGGUGGAAUUCUGCGAGGCAGAUGUCGUGUCGAGCAAGCCCUCCCAACUCAGUUGGAUCGAGUCGGGGCAAUUCGAGCAACUCAGUGCAGGUCCGGGAGUGUUCGGAGUAGGCUGGGGUUGUGUGGGUCAGUACCUUGUAGUAAAUUGUCGAAAGGAAUGCGAGUCGGUUACUCGAUUUUUUCAAUGUGUUAAUCCAUGCGUCAUUGGAAGUCCAUGCGCUCCUACUGCUGAAUGCCAUGCCACUAAUCAUAGAGCCCUAUGUAAGUGCCCUACUCCUCUCAUUGGAGAUCCAUUUACAAGAUGCUACGAACUGACCAAACAGCCUAAACCGGAAUGUGUUCAUGAUGGUGAAUGCUCGAAUGAUAAAUCUUGCAUCAAUCAAAACUGCCAAGAUUCUUGUGCCCUAGCUAAUCCUUGUGGUACCAACGCUAAGUGUCUAACAAAAAUUCAUAGAACAAUUUGCGAGUGUCCCAAUGGAUGGGUAGGAAAUCCACAGGUUUUCUGCUACAAACCUGAAUGCAAGGUAGAUGAUGACUGCCCAUACGAUAAAGCUUGUCUCAACAAAAACUGCCUCAAUCCGUGUGCUAAGAUAUUUUGCGGACGUGGAGCUGACUGCAUAGCCCAGAAUCACCGCCAUCAAUGCCAAUGUCCUCGAGGAACUCAAGGGUACCCACUUCUAUCGUGUAUUACUGGUCAAUGUCAAUAUAACGAGGACUGUGCUGACCAUGAGGCUUGUGAUCGUCUUAACCGUGUCUGUCGACCAGUCUGCGAUGACGAAACCUGCGCUGUCAGUGCCUUAUGUAUCGGACAAAAUCACCAACCUAAAUGUAACUGCCCAAUCGGAACUGUUGGCAAUCCAUUUGUCGAAUGCAAACCACCUACAAAACCAGAAUGUACUGUAGAUUCUGAUUGUCCAUCUCAACUUGGCUGUAUCAAUGAACUUUGCCUCAAUCCAUGCCACCAGGGGAAUAUGUGCUCGAUAGAACAAGAAUGUCGGGUUGUAGAUACACUUCCAGUACGCACUAUAAUGUGCGCUUGCGGUCCAGAUCAGAUAAUUGACGAUUCGGGGCAUUGUACAGCAAUCGUCCGCGAAAAGCCGCAAUGUCAACGCGAUACUGAUUGUGCCGACGCAGAAAAAUGCUACAGAGGAAGUUGCGUUGACGCCUGCCGAUUAGAUAAUUGCGGAGUAAAUGCUAUUUGUCGAGCUGCAAAUCAUUUAACUCAAUGUACUUGUGCACCAGGAUACACUGGAAAUCCCAGAAUAGAAUGUACUAACGAAUCGAGAGUUACAUAUUUACCAGAACCUGAAUGUACUAGCGACGACGAAUGUUCUUUAGAUAAGGCUUGCAUUAAUAGUAUGUGCGUGAAUCCAUGUAGAUUAGAUAAACCUUGCGGUAAUAAUGCUUUUUGUUCUGUCAACCAUCAUCAACCUAUAUGCAGAUGUCCAGAAGGAUACAUCGGAAGGCCUGAAGUUGAAUGCCUAGCACCUCAAACAGCUCUUGCCAUUGGGUGUACUACAAACACUGAGUGUCCUCUUAGUGAAUUCUGCCUCAACAAACUCUGUAUUAGCCCAUGCAAUUGCGGACCAAAUGCCGACUGUAAAGUAGACAACCACUACGCCACUUGCUUCUGCAAAGCUGGAUAUUCUGGCAAUCCACAAACUGGAUGCGUUAAAUUGGGAUGUCAAUCAGACAACGAAUGCGCUGACGACCAUCAAUGCUACAACAGGCAAUGCAUUAAUCCUUGCAUCCUCAGCGAUCCUUGCGCAAGAAAUGCUGAAUGUUUCGGACGCAAGCGCAAAGCAAAUUGCAGAUGUCCGCCUAGCUAUAAUGGCGAUCCAUUUGUCCGAUGCGAGAGACUUGAAUGCUAUUCCAGCCAAGACUGCCCGAGCAAUCGCGCGUGUUUACAAAGCAGAUGCGUUGAUCCUUGUUCGCCUAUAGCCUCCCCACAAUGUGCUCAAAACGCUGUUUGCCAUGCUCAAAAUCAUGGAGCUGCCUGUGUAUGUCCAGAUCACUUACCUGAUGGUAAUCCUUUGGCUUACUGCUUACCAAGAACGCCAAUAGGCAAGCCAGUAUGUGUUUACGAUUCUGAUUGUCCAAGUAAAUUGGCUUGUAUUAAGAGAUCAAUGCGUCAAUCCAUGUGA